AAAAAGAACAACAGAUAAUUUUAAGAAACAGUUUCAACUAUAAUUUCUCGGUCCAUCUCGAUCGAGAUUGACAUGAAGAUUGUGUUUUUGUUUUUAAAUUUCAAAAUAAAAGGUUUUAUUGAAUGACCAAAAUACCUUUGGAAGCUCGAACUUUAAAUAUUCUCAAAACUCUCAACUGUGCUCUCAUUUCAGUAUACUAAACAAGUUUGCUUCCAAAAUCGAAGAUAUUUCUUUCAUUUUUGCUCCCAAAAUUUAAGGAGUUAUUCUAGAACUUAAAUCUCAGAAGAUUCGUUUGAAGGAAUGCCGAUAUAUGUUGCAUUUCACAUGCCUUUUGUGAGGAGCCGAGAUACACAGUCAUGUUUCCCAAAAAGGAGCAGCGGCUCUCGAGAAUAAAUGAGAAGCGGGGAGGGCACCUCCUUCCUCCUCCUUGCCUAAUGCUUAUCGCCAAAUUUUCCAAACAUUAUUUCUUAUCUCCCAUUUAGCAAUCCAAACCAUUGAAACACGUCAAUGGAAGAUUUUUAGUUCCUUUCUAACACCUAAGUUUCUCUAAAAGAAAAAAAAAAAAAAAACUUUUGUUUACACAGCCAAAGAAAGCAGAAAAACGGAGAUGGGAACUCCAAAAAACCUUCUCUUCCUUUGCUUCAUUCUCAUAUUCAUGGUUUCAACCACCAUUUCUCAAAUAGAAAUAGUAACCCAUUCAUGUUCAAACAGCGGCAACUACACCACCAACAGCAUUUAUAAGCAAAAUCUCGACACCCUCCUUUCCUCCAUCGCCUCCAACACCGAUAUUGAUUACGGCUUUUACAAUUUCUCAGCCGGACAGCAACCCAACAGAGUUAACGGCAUCGCCUUUUGCCUGGCCGGUCUAACGGUGGACGAAUGCCGGAGCUGUAUCCAAAAUUCAACUCGAAGGAUUCUAGAGGAUUGCCCCAACCAGAAAGAAGCUAUCGGAUGGUACACCGUUUGCAUGGUUCGUUACUCAAAUAGAUCAAUAUUUGGCGUUUGGGUCGACCGAGUUCUUGGGCCAACUUUUGUUUCCGGUCGGAUUGCGUCAGAUAUAGAUGGUUACAAUCUAUCACUCGGAACUUUGUUGCAAAGUCUGAGAAAUGAAGCUGCGUCUGGGGAUUCUAGACACAAAUUGGCAGUGGGUGAAAUCAGAGCUCCCAAUUUGGAUAACAUAUUUGGGUUUGUUCAAUGUACUCCGGAUUUGUCCUCUGUGGAUUGCAAUAAUUGUCUUAUGAAGACUGCUGAACAUAUUCCGAAUGGAAGUAUGGGAACGACGAUAUUUUCGACCAACUGUUUUUUGAGAUAUGAGACUAAUGAUAUUUUCUACGACAUUCAGUCGCUGCCUCCCACUGCUGGUGGCGGCGGCGCUACUUCCCCACCUAUGUCAUCGCCACCUCCUCCGCCGCCUCUGCCUCCAAAGCCAGGGAUUACGGCUAGAACUGUAAUUAUUGUUGUUGUGUCCAUUGUUUCUGUCAUCAUUCUCGUUGUUGCAAUUUUCAUCAUUUUGAGGUUGAGAAAACGAAAGAACAGAAAAUCAACAGAUAAAUUUGAAGGAGUUGUUAUUGGGGACACCACUGACGAAAUUAGCAGUGUGGAGACAAUUCAAUUUGAUUUUGAAACCAUUAAAAUUGCGACAAAUGAUUUCUCAAGUGAAAACAAGCUUGGACAGGGUGGAUUUGGAGCUGUUUAUAAGGGUAAGCUGCCUAAUGGACAACGUAUUGCAGUGAAGAGGCUUGCUAAUAAUUCACAACAAGGAGAUGUUGAAUUCAAAAAUGAAGUUCUUUUGGUGGUAAAGCUUCAACAUCGAAACUUGGUUAGGCUGUUGGGAUUUUGCUUGCAGAAAACUGAAAGACUUCUCAUUUAUGAGUUUGUACCAAAUGCCAGCCUUGACCAAUUCAUAUUUGAUUCUAGGAAACGGACACUAUUAGAUUGGGAAAGACGAUUCAAAAUCAUAAAUGGAACUGCACGAGGACUUCUUUACCUUCAUGAAGAUUCUCGCCUUCGAAUCAUACAUCGGGAUCUCAAAGCUAGCAAUAUUUUGUUGGAUGAAAAAAUGAAUCCAAAGAUCGCUGAUUUUGGUAUGGCAAUAUUGUUUGAAGUAGAUGAGACUCAAGGCAGUACAAGUAGAAUUGUGGGAACUCAUGGCUAUAUGGCUCCAGAAUAUUUAAUGCAAGACCAGUUUUCAGUUAAAUCGGAUGUCUUUAGCUUUGGUGUUUUAAUGCUUGAAAUCGUGAGGCCUGUUCGAAUUGUCUAGCACAACAAAUUGAAGAGUAGCUUGAAAAUGAGAUUCAUACUUCUGUUGGGUGAAGAAAGUCUUCUCUCCAACGAAGAACUGAAGAAUAUGUUUAAAGGCUGCUUGUCAACUCACGCCACCGUUAAUUAAUUCGACUCUACUUUCGUCGCCUGCAAGAAUGUAAUGCCUGUGAUCGCAUUUCAAUUAAAUAACAAAUCAAAAUUGGUUUAUGUAUAUAUAUAAACACGACCAAACUUUGAUUAUGUGAAUUAAAUAUUCUAACAUCGUUUUCACCGAGUAAUGUUAAUGGCAAAAAAACAAAUUGGUUGA